AUGCGUUCUAUUCCAUUUUUGGCCACACUAGCCACCGGUGCUAUCUCCAUCGCGCUCCCGUGGCAAUCUAUAGAUCCAACCAGUGGAACUCAGCUCCCUCUCGUGAUCUGGCACGGUCUGGGCGAUGACUUUGAGCGCGAAGGGCUCAGUCAAGUUGCCAAAUUAGCAGAAUCCACCAACCCAGGCACAUACGUGCAUCUCAUCCGACUCGCCGACGAUGGCAGCGGAGACCGCUCCGCAACCUUCUUCGGCAAUGUAACGGAGCAAAUCGCCUCAGUCUGCGAACAGCUUGCCACGGACCCAAUCCUCAGCACGGCACCCGCAAUCAACGCUCUAGGCUUCUCACAGGGUGGCCAAUUCUUACGCGGGUAUAUCGAGCGCUGCAACUCCCCGCCCGUUCACAACCUCGUCACAUUUGGCAGUCAGCAUAACGGCAUCUCGGCGUUUGAGUCGUGCGCCAUCGACAACUGGUUCUGUAAAGGAGCGGAGCAACUACUACGAUCGGGACGGUGGUCGAGCUUUGCACAGUCGCGCGUCGUACCGGCGCAGUACUUCCGCGACCCGGAAGAGCUGGAUUUGUACCUCGAGCACAGCAAUUUCCUGGCGGAUAUUAACAAUGAGCGCGAGGUCAAGAAUGAGACGUACAAGAGGAAUCUGGCAUCGUUGAAUCGGUUUGCGAUGUUUAUGUUUGAGGAGGAUACUGUUGCUGUUCCUAAGGAGAGCGCCUUGUUCUCCGAGGUUAAUGCCACCACUGGUGAGGUGACGCCGCUCCAUGAAAGACCAAUCUACAAAGAAGAUUGGCUGGGGCUGAAGCAGCUUGAUGAACAGGGGAAGCUGGACUUCAAUACUGCUCCUGGACAGCAUAUGCAGCUGUCUGAAAAGACCCUGCGCAAGGCUUUUGAUCGGUACUUUGCUCCACUGGUGAAGGAGUCGCGUCCUUCAGCGCCGGGUCUCGUUGUGCAGGGCGGCCUUUGA